UUUGUACAGUUUCAGCAUUUAGUCCACUACGUUUCAAAAUGGCGUCGAUGUCUGAGACCUCGUAUUGGAUUAAUUUUUUUACAUCAGCUGGAAUCCCAGCAGGAGAUUCUGCCCAUUAUGCUGUUAUGUUCUCAGAUAAUCGCAUCACACGGGAAAUGCUUUUAGACCUUAGUAAAGAAUAUCUAACAGACAUGGGGAUAACCAGACUUGGAGAUAUUAUUGCAAUUUUAAAACAUGCAAAGGAUGUUUUCAAACAAGAAGCAAAAGACAAGAUUUUAAAAUCUACUUCUUUGACAUCUCUUUCAUCUUCUAAUUCAGUAUCGCCAGUUUCACGCAGGUCAACAGCUGCAAGCCGCAUGGUAAAUCACUUCACAGGCAAACAUCCAGAGGCAGCACCAAUGAGCCAGUCCCCAAUUCCAAAACCAGCACCACCACCUCCAGAACCACCUCGCUCCAAAAGAAAAGUUUCAGUAUUUGACAGGCUAGGCUCAGAUGGAGUAGAAGAAACCAUUACGCUUAGUACAAAUUCAAAUUUGGAAGCACUAUCUUCCCCUGGUCAAACAUCUGUAUUUAGUCGGUUAGGGGGUAAGUCUGGUUUGAAGAGACCCGCCUCAGAUACAUCUGUUGAAGGCUUUGAUGACCUGUUACCAACUAAAGAUAGCCUACCAUACGUUGGGGUGUUGAAAAGCACAGGGCCAUCUCCUGCUAAGAAGCCAACUGUUAAGGUGGCUGUCAACAAAGCUAGUCUCAGAGACCCUAUUCUGAAAACUUUACGGCAACCUGUAACUACCCGAACAAACCUCAGAGAGCCAUUAAAGAUUAAAAAGACUAUUAAAACCAUAACUCUAACGGACAAAGAGGAAAAGAAAAUAACUCACAUACAAAGGCCUGAAGUAUCAACAACAACAGAAGGAGUCUUGUCUGAUUUUGCUAAACGUGAAGCACCUUCAUUGAAAGAUAGACUGGGGUCUAAAACUGAAAUGGCUUCAGUCUCAAGUAGUUCUUUGUCUAAACUAUCACUUCCUGUGAAGACUAAAAAAGUGAGCAUACAAGACAGAUUAGGUGCAAAGAAAGAUGAACAACAGUCAUCCCCAGUGGUUUCCUCAACACAGAAUAUCACAGCCAAGCUGAAAAAAGUAAAAGCUAGUGAAACAAGUGCUUCUAGUGACGUGAAAAAAACUAGUGGGGUAUUCAGUCGCCUUGGCAAGAAAUCUCAAACAUAGGAUAUUUUGAAAAAGCAUUUAAAUUUGACAGAUUUUGUAAAUAUUUAAAGGCACACAAAAGAAAAAGAAACAUUUUGUCUUGCUAGUAUGAACUUAAAUGUAGAAGUAUAUAAAUAUAUAAGUUUUAAUACUGCAGAAAAUUAUUUAGUCUAAGAACUAAAUAAAUGUUUACUGAAGCUGCUGGUUAGGUAAGUUAUUCAAUUUGCAAUGGCAAAUGUUUGAAAGUGCUGAUAUUUAAGAGCAUUCAGCUCCUUUGUUAAAUAGGUGUAAAUUGUCAUUUCAAGUAUAGGUCAACACAGGGUGAUCUUGUCUGUGAAUUUUAUUUUCGUGUAUUGUUCAGAGCUCAAAUGCCUUAUGUCUUGCAUACAACUAAUCACUUUCUAACAGACAGUCUCAUAAUAAACCAUUGUGCUUUAGUUUUUAAACAAUGAGUAAGAGUGUUCUAAUCAAUUAAAUGCAGUUAAAUAAAGCUUUUUAAUUUCACCAGAUUGUAAAAUGUAUUUUUUAUAAUGUACGAAAAAAUGUAAAUAGCUAGGCAAAAAUUGCUCUGAAACAUUCAAACAUUGGUUUGUUGUUUUUAGCUAUGUUUUUGUCUCAGAAGAAAUAUGAAAGCAUUAACUAUAGUUGUGUUGUGAUUUUAAUCUCUCGUAGGAGAGAUGUUCUAUUAAAUUUAUAGUUAUUAAAAGACAAAAUUAAUUUAUUUUUAUAUCUGGUACGGCAAAUUUUAAACUUGUAAUUCAUUGCAAAAUAGUAUUUGGUGAUGCAAACAUUGUACUUACAUAGGCAUACUUUUAAAUUGAUGCCUUUUGUUUUUCAUUAUCCUGUUACUACUUUUUAAAAAAGUAAUGUGCAUUUAAGAUUACAUAAAAGACAUUAUUUGAAUCGUCUUUUUGAAACUUUGAAUGACCCAAAAUAAUAAGCACAAUAUUGAAUUUUUUCCCCUUUUUGUCUGAGUACUGUUGUACAGGGUAUAAAUGCAAAUAUCUGAGAAUAAAUUUUUGAGGUAUU